GAAAGAAAAAGAUGGUUCUGCGCCAUUUUUACAAAAAGUUUUCAAUAAGAGAGAAUUUUGAAAAUUGAAAAAAUUAAAUUAACAAGUAGACCAGAGGGUUGGGAAAAUUAUUACGGUGCUGGAUAGUUAAAUGAUAUGAUUUUAGUCUGUAAUUAUCGUUUUGAAGGCUCCGAAACAAUGUAAACCUCAAAACUCUCUCAUGGGAAAAAAAAUUAACAAACUUUUUUUGAAUAAAAGAAUACACCCUACAAAUAGAUUCUUCUACGGACUAAUUAAAGUCUGAGAAGAGGUAGAAUCAAGGUGAAAUAAUCCAUAGUGUGUCUCCAUUAGGAAAAGGUUUAUAUUUUUUAAAAAGAUUUGAUUAAAUGGUAGAAUUUAUCAGAAAAAGGGUAACUCCUAGGAGACAAAAUAGAAAUAGGACCAUAAGAAAAGGAGGGCUGAUUAAGAGGGAAGUAUGAGCCUUAUUACCUCAUAAUCCAUGGGUACGUUUGGCUAACUGUACUGCCUUUUUCCCUUUCGAAAAGGCACUAUUCUCUAAAAUACACCUCUCCCAUUUGAAAAAUAAUCUCUUAAUUAGAUACCUUCACUUGACAUCUGAG